CCAAAUUCAGGGCAGCAGGAGUCGGGCAGCUGUCUGCACCAGACCUGGGACUUGGGUGGCAACCCCGCCCGAGCAGAGCGAGAGGAGGCUGCUGGGGGCGGGGCGCGGAGGGGGCGCCUUGGGAUGGGCGGAGCCCACAGGAUUCCCACACUCGGCGACAUGGGGCUCGUCCUGUUCCUGCUGUCGUGGGUGCUCCCGCAGGUUUGGGGAAGUUCUGAGGUUCUGGGAAGGAGUUUCCUCUUCCGCUGCCUCCAGAUCUCAUCCUUCGCUAAUAGCAGCUGGUGGCGCACAGAUGGCUUGGCGUGGUUGGGGGAGCUGCAGACGCACAGAUGGAGCAAUGCGUCGGACAAGAUCGACUCUUUGAAGCCCUGGGCCCUGGGCACCUUCAGCAGCCAGCAGUAUGACCAACUGCAAUCUAUAUUUCGGGGUUAUCGAAGCAGCUUCACCAGGGACAUACAGGAAUUCGCCAAAAUGCUGUCUUUAGAGUAUCCCAUUGAGCUUCAGUUGUCUGCAGGCUGUGAGGUGCACCCUGGGAACAUCUCAGAGAACUUUGUGUAUGCAGCAUAUCAAGGAAAAUAUAUCCUGAGUUUCCAAGGUUCUGCUUGGGAGCCUGCCCCACAUGCCCCACAUUUGGUAGAAUCCGUGGUGAAAGUACUCAACCAGGACCGGGGGACAUCUGAAAUGCUACAGAGGCUCCUCAGAGACACCUGUCCACAAUUAGUCAAUGGCAUCCUAGAGAAAGGGAAGUCGGAACUGGAGAAACAAGUGAAGCCCGAGGCCUGGCUGUCCAGGGGCCCCAGUCCUGGACCUGACCGUCUGCUGCUGGUGUGCCAUGUGUCUGGAUUCUACCCACAGCCAGUGCGGGUGAUGUGGAUGCGGGAUGAGCAGGAGCAGCAGGGCACUCAGAGAGGUGACAUCCUGCCCAACGCUGAUGAGACGUGGUAUCUCAGAGCAACCCUGGAUGUGGCAGCUGGAGAGGCGGCUGGCCUGGCCUGCAGAGUGAAGCACAGCAGCCUAGGAGGGCAGGACCUUGUCCUCUACUGGGAUGGGAGCCACACCUCUGUGGGCCUGACCAUCCUACUGACAUGCCUGGCGUUUCUCUUUAUGCUCAUUCUAGGCUUAACCUUGUGGAUGAGGAGACACCGCCUCUAUGAAGACAUCCUGUGAGUCUUCUGGCCAUCUGCCUGUCUAGAGCCCAAGAGUCAAGUUCCCAAGACUGCAGUUCUUGCCUGCUUAGCAAAGGAGGAUGAAUGGAGAGUUAACCUGGAGAUGUCAAAAAGUAAUCAUCAAUCCUGUGAACACUUACCUAAAAGAGUUUGAGUCUUUUCUCUUGCAUUAAAAGUUUUUAAGCCCAAGUGAUUCUGUACAAAGAGGAGUGCAAACUCCUAUGCUUUCCUGCUGGCAGUGAGCAGGUAUGGGCCUGGUGGAAGUGCGUGUGUUGGUCAUUGGGUGGUAGGCUGUGUCCUGAGCUGGAAAAUCCAUGUCCUGUGCAAAGCUGCAGUGGCCUGCUGUCACAUAUAAAGUCAAACUCUGGCUUGACUAUAACCUGUGUUUCUCAAGAAAACUGGAAAUCUGGAAUUUUAUGUGACAUGUGAUUUAAAAAGUUUACCUGUCCUCUUUUUUUUUUUCCUUCAAUGCUUGUGAUUGAACCCAGAGCCUUGUGUUGUGAGGCAAGCUCUCUACCAACUGACUAUAUCCCCAGUCCUUAACUUGUCUUUUUACAAAAUAUUCUGUGUGAUAAAUAAACGCUGCUUAUGAAUCA